AUGGUCAGGCGCCUGCAAUCGGACAAGGUCCGCCCACCGACGACGGACGGGGUCCGCCCACUCGCGACGGACGGGGUUCGCUCGCUCUCGUCGGACGGGGUCCGCCCUCCCGCGUCGGACGGGGUCCGCCCUCCCGCGUCGGACGGGGUCCGCCCUCCAACGUCGGACCGGUACCUGGCGUACGUUUCCCGGCGGCGGACUUGUCGCCGGUGA